UUCUUCAUUCUUGUUCACUCCAAUGGCGUCCAUGGUUCUCUCCUGCCAACGUGGUCUCAUUCCCUUCUCUCGAGGCGGCGAGAGAUCCUUGGAGAGCUUGAUGGCUUUAUGCUUGUGAUCUCCAGCUUCUCUGGAGCUCGAGAACCCUAGCAAAGGAGUAGCGUUUGAGGGGAAAGGUGGCGGAGAUGGGAGAAGGAAUGGAGGCGAAGGGGUGGUGGAAAGGGCUUAGGGUUUUUAGCCCGGAGUACUAUGCUUUGUGUGCUGCGGGUGGGAUGCUGAGCGCUGGGACUACCCAUCUUGCGAUUACGCCCUUUGAUGUCUUGAAAGUUAACAUGCAGGUGAACCCUGUUAAGUAUAACAGCAUGUUUUCGGGCUUGAAAAUUCUGGUGAAAGAACAAGGCCCUUCAUCUCUUUGGAGGGGUUGGGCUGGCAAGUUCUUUGGAUAUGGUGUUCAAGGUGGCUGCAAGUUUGGACUUUAUGAAUACUUCAAACGGAUGUAUUCAGAUGCUCUGGUUGGACAGAACAAGAGCAUUAUCUUCUUUCUCAGCAGUGCAUCCGCUCAGGCAAUUGCAGAUGUUGCUCUUUGCCCUUUUGAAGCUGUCAAAGUCCGUGUUCAGGCACAGCCUUGGUUUGCCAAGGGGUUGGCUGAUGGUUUUCCAAAGUUAAAAGCCUCAGAGGGCUUUUCAGGCUUUUACAAAGGGCUUUUUCCACUUUGGGGUCGCAAUCUUCCAUUUUCCAUUCUUAUGUUUUCAACAUUUGAACACUCGGUGGACUUUUUAUACCGUAAAGUCAUACAAACAAAGAAAGAGGAUUGUUCAAGAGCUCAGCAGCUUGCUGUGACUUGUGUAGCUGGUUAUGCGUCAGGGACUAUUGGUACCAUUGUUUCAAAUCCAGCGGACAACAUUGUUGCUUCUCUUUAUAAUAAAAAGGCUGACAGUAUAGUUCAGGCUGUGAAGAAAAUCGGACUUCUCAAUUUAUUUACGAGAAGCCUUCCUAUCCGGAUCACACUUGUGGGACCUGUUGUAACUUUGCAAUGGUUCUUCUAUGAUACCAUUAAAGUAUUAACUGGACUGCCGACGAGUGGAGGAGUUAUCACUGAUUUGGAUGAAGAACACUGAUUUCUUUCUGAAUUUCGGGCAGGCUCUCUUUGUUUCUUCAUUUUUACAGAUAGUUUUUUGCUUUUAAAGCUCAAUAACCAUAUGACAACAUCAGAUUUUUAUUACCCAGGAGAAGGCUGCAUACUUGUUAAGAUGAUCACAGGAUUUGCUCAGUAGUUGGCAUACCCUUUGUUAUGAUGAUUGGUAGCAGAUCUUUCUGUCCUAUCAUCAUAAUUUUGGGAGCAUUAUGAUACAAUUCACAUUCUUUAUCGGAUUAAGAAAUUUUAUGUAAUAUGUACAUAUGAAAAAAAUUUCAGUCAUCAGCGCAGAAAUUUUUUCGUA